GAUUAUAAAGACAGUUGUUGUGUUCUUGUUGAUUAUAAAGACAGUUGCUGUGUUCUGAUUGAUUAUAAAGAGAGUUGUUCUGUUCCUGAAGAUUAUAAAGACAGUUGUUGUGUUCUGAUUGAUUAUAGAGAUAGUUGUUCUGUUGUAGAAGAUUAUAAAGACAGUUGUUGUUUUCUGAUUGAUUAUAAAGAUAGUUGUUCUGUUGUAGAAGAUUAUAAAGAAAGUUGUUCUGUUCUAUGGGAUUUCAAAUUUUGUCGGCUAGGAAGCAGGAUAAGUUUUUUCUAG